AUGGUGGACGUCGAAAAUACGCCACCUUUUGAUGUGCUGAUGAAAUUGAAUGGUAGUGCAGAAAAGAAAGAACUAGAAGGAAAUGACUACGAAGAGAAAUGUCUCGAUGAUGACGAACUUCGAAUAGCGCUCGAGGUCGACGACGCCGAUGAAAUGCUGGAUGUUGAAUCGCCAGAUCUUGACGAAUUGGACGGCAGUGAUACCUCAUCGUCCGCAGUCGGUGGAUCGCCGCAACGAGCAACUGCAGUCAAUAUCGUCCCUAUCAUGUUGGCUUCAGAUAUACCACAAACAUCAUGUUCUGAGGGUUUUCCGUACCACUCAAUUCUUGAGUCACACAAACGCUGCCAUACCGGUGAGAAGCCGUUCAAUUGUCAUUUUUGCGAAAAGAAAUUCGCUCAGAAAGCCACUCUACAAGUACACGAACGAACGCAUACAGGAGAGCGCCCGUAUAAGUGUCGUUAUUGUGAGAAGACGUUCGCGCAGUAUGGUACGAAAACAGUACACGAGAAGAGUGCCCAUCUAGGAAUUCGUAACUACAAAUGCCCGAAGUGCGAUAAAUGCCUGUCAUCGCCGAGCGCCUUGUAUACGCAUAAGAAGACUCACGGCGAGAAGACGUUUCAGUGCGAAUUCUGCCCGAAAACGUUCACGCUAAAAAACUAUCUGAAGCUUCAUGUCAAACAAGUUCAUGAGCAGAACGAAAGGAAGCACGUGUGUCGAUUCUGCGGAAAAAGUUUUGCUUACGCCGGAAGUUUGCAGGUGCACGUGCGAACACACACCGGUGAACGACCGUAUCAAUGCAGUUACUGCCCGAAGGCGUUCGCCAGUCAGGGCAAUCUGCAAUCACACGAGAGGACGCACACCGGCGAACGGCCAUACUCGUGCAGUGCUUGUGGACGCAGCUUCAUUCAGAAAUCGCAAUUGAUUGCCCACGAGGCGACUCACGCAUCGUCCAUGGCCAUCACGUUGCCGAAAGAAGACGUACAGGUUGUAGAUGAUGUCGCUCUAGACAAGAAGACCAACGCCGUCGCAGUCACCGGCCACUACCACUGCAAAUUCUGUGGCAAAAGAUAUGCCUACGCUAGUAGCUUGUACUGUGAUUUGUGUUUUGUAGGUGUCAGUUCUGCGAUAAGUCGUUCACUAACCAAGGAAACAUGCAAGUUCAUAAACGAGUGCACACCGGCGAAAGACCGUAGAUAUACGUGCAACACUUGCGGAAAGAGUUACGCGCAGAAGGUCGGAUUGAAUAUCCACUUAGAGCAGUGCGAAGCGCAUUUGGCUAAUCGACAAUCGGAAAGUUGCGUGAAAGUCGAUACCGAUCUCGACUCUUCGGAUAGCAAUCGAAAAGCUGACUUCUCUUUGCCGAAUAUAUAUGCCAGUAAGUUGUUAAAGUUGACUGAUCUCUGGCGGAAAUAUUGA